CCUAUUCUACUACUAUUAGACUAUUGCUUGCUUUCUCAAUUCUCCUUCUCCAUGUGCUAGCUUUCCCAGCAAAAAGUCCCCAUGUACUUGAAAUACCUCUGCAAAAUCUAAACUUUAACCAUUUUGUCUCCUCACAAUCCAUUCAGUUUUCAAGAUGGAAUUAUCGUGUUCAUCAUCUCCGCUUUCAGUUCAUUCCAUUCCUCAAGGUCACCGCCGUCUUUCUCCCCACAACCGCCACCACCACCGCUGCCGGAAUGUUAUUUCUCUUUUCCCCAGCUACCCUCCUUCUACAAUCACCAGCACCAGCACCAGCACCAGCACCAGCUGUUCUUCCUCUUCUUCUUCUUCUUCCUAUUUUGGGAUUUCGAUUUCUAACAAAACCAGGAUUUCUCUUUCGUCUGGAAAAGCUAAGUCAAACCGAUCGUUGUAUAUUGUAGCUGGGGUGUUUGAGAAAUUUACUGAGAGAGCAAUUAAAGCGGUUAUGUUUUCCCAAAGGGAGGCGAAAGCUUUGGACGUAGAAAUGGUGUAUACCCAGCAUCUUUUGCUAGGACUUAUCGCAGAAGAUCGUGCUUCCGGUGGGUUUUUAGGCUCUGGAAUCACAAUCGAGAUGGCUCGCCAAGCCGUUAAGAGCAUUUGGCAUACCGAUACUGAUGCUAAGGAGGAGAAUGGUAAGGGUAAUGGGAGUGGUCUUGGUCCUGAGGGGGCAGAGGUCUCGGCCACUGAUGUGCCGUUUUCGCCGAGCACUAAGCGGGUUUUUGAGGCUGCCGUGGAGUAUUCGAGGACUAUGGGGUAUAAUUAUAUUGCGCCGGAACAUAUUGCCGUUGGGUUGUUCACUGUUGAUGAUGGAAGUGCUGGCCGUGUACUUAAGAGACUAGGGGCAAAUGCAAAUCACUUGGCAGCAGUUGCCAUCACCAGAUUAGAAGGAGAGCUAGCCACGGAUGGCAGAGAUCUUCCUAGACGGCCUCAUGAAAAAGCUCCUGCUGCCAAAGCCAGCAUCGCAAGAUCCUCUCAAAGAACUGGAGAUAAGAAAAAAAAUGCACUGGACCAAUUCUGUGUGGACCUUACAGCACAGGCGAGUGAAGGUCGCAUUGAUCCUGUGAUUGGCCGAGAUACUGAAGUACAGAGAAUCAUUCAGAUACUCUGCAGAAGAACAAAAAAUAAUCCUAUUCUUCUUGGCGAAGCCGGGGUUGGUAAAACAGCAAUUGCUGAAGGGUUGGCAAUCAAGAUUGCGGAGGGAAAUGUGCCUUUCAGUCUCUUGACAAAGCGCAUAAUGUCCUUAGAUAUAGGUCUAUUAAUCGCAGGCGCAAAGGAGAGAGGUGAACUGGAAGGACGCGUGACUACAUUACUUAAGGACAUCAAAAAGUCAGGCAAUGUCAUUGUUUUUAUUGAUGAGGUCCACACACUUAUUGGUUCUGGGACAGUAGGACGAGGCAAUAAGGGAUCUGGUCUUGAUAUUGCCAAUUUAUUGAAGCCAUCACUUGGACGGGGUGAGUUACAGUGUAUUGCUUCUACAACCAUGGAUGAAUACAGAUUACAUUUUGAAAAGGAUAAAGCAUUAGCCCGAAGAUUCCAGCCUGUCUUAAUUGUUGAACCUAGCCAGGAGGAUGCAGUCCACAUACUGUUGGGAUUGCGUGAAAAGUAUGAGUCUCAUCACAAAUGUAGAUACACAUCGGAAGCCAUAGAUGCUGCUGUGCAUCUGUCAGCUAGAUAUAUACCUGACAGAUAUCUUCCGGAUAAAGCUAUUGAUCUCAUUGAUGAGGCAGGAAGUAGAGCACGUAUGGAAGCCCAUAAGAGGAGAAAGGAAGAGCAAACUUCAAUACUUUCAAAAUCACCAAGUGAUUAUUGGCAAGAAAUUAGAGCUGUUCAAAACAUGCAUGAAUUGGUCCUGGCAAGUUCAUUCAAGGAAAAGGAUGAUACAUCCAAGAGGGAAGAAGAUAGCAGAUUCACUUUGGGACCUCCUCUGCCUUCCAUUCCUACAGAUAAUGAUGCUUCAGUGGUUGGACCUGAAGAAAUUGCAGUAGUUGCUUCUCUAUGGUCGGGGAUUCCAGUUCAGAAGCUUACUGCAGAUGAAAGGGUGCUUCUCUUGAGUCUUGAUGAACAGCUUAAGAAAAGGGUUGUUGGUCAAGAUGAGGCUGUAGUUGCCAUAUCUCGUGCUGUUAAGAGAUCCCGCGUUGGCCUAAAGGACCCAAAUAGGCCAAUUGCUGCAAUGCUUUUCUGUGGCCCCACUGGCGUCGGCAAAACUGAACUAGCAAAAGCUUUAGCAGCGUGCUAUUUUGGUUCAGAGUCAGCCAUGCUCAGAUUAGACAUGAGUGAAUAUAUGGAGAGGCAUGCAGUGAGCAAGUUGAUUGGAUCACCCCCUGGUUAUGUAGGCUACGGUGAGGGAGGAACUCUUACGGAAGCUAUCAGGAGAAAGCCUUUCACAGUCGUGCUGCUUGAUGAAAUAGAAAAAGCACAUCCAGAUGUUUUCAAUAUUCUUCUUCAGAUGUUUGAAGAUGGUCAUCUUACUGAUUCUCAGGGUAGAAGAGUAUCAUUCAAGAAUUCACUUAUUGUGAUGACAUCUAAUGUGGGUUCCACUGCCAUCGUGAAAGGAAGACAAAACUCCAUUGGUUUCUUCAUUAGUGAUGAUGUCUCUGCAUCAUAUGCUGGAAUGAAAGCAUUGGUAAUGGAAGAGUUGAAGGCUUAUUUUCGUCCAGAAUUACUUAACCGGAUAGAUGAAGUAGUGGUGUUUCGCCCUCUGGAGAAGCCACAGAUGCUUGAGAUAUUAAAUCUGAUGCUUGGUGAAGUGAAAGAAAGGCUUACCUCCUUAGGAAUUAGUCUGGAGGUAUCAGAAGCAGUGAUGGACCUCAUUUGCCAGCAAGGGUUUGAUAGAAGUUAUGGCGCUCGGCCUCUUAGGAGGACGGUCACUCAAAUAAUUGAGGAUCCCUUGAGUGAAUCUGUGCUUUCUGGAGAUUACAAGCCUGGGGAUGUUGCCAUAAUUUACUUGGAUGAUUCGGGUAACCCUGUUGUCACCAACAAAUCAAGACGGAGUAUCCAUUUGUCUGAUACAUCCUCAGUGUUGUAAAUGAGUCGUCGAGGAGAACGUCCACACAAAUAUAGUAUACACUUUUUAACUGAGAACGCACCUAAAAAGUGUACAUAAUCUAUUCAUUCUUGUACAGACUGAAUUACACAGCCCAGAAUUAUUCGUUGGACAAGCACCGAAGGUCAUGAAUUCACAUAUACAUUUUUCCAAAAUGGUUUAUGCUAUAUAUGAUCUGCUUUUUUACUUUUGAA